AUGAGCGCCGUCGGGGAAAGUCCUUUGGACCCUGACCCGGCCGAGUCGCGCAAGAGGAAGGGCUCGCCAUGCGACACGUCAGCGCAAAGCCUAGAAAAGCGGCGGCGCGAGCUGGAGAGCCGUUACAUCGGCGAGCUGGCGGAGCUGCUCUCCUCAAACAUGGGCGACAUCGCCAGUCUCAGCGCCAAGCCCGACAAGUGCCACAUCCUGAAGAGCACCGUGGACCAAAUCCAGCAGAUGAAGCGGCACGAGCAGGAGAAAGCAGCUCUUCGGUCUCCGGAUGACGCGGUGCAGAAGAGCGACAUCUCCUCGAGUAGCCAGGGCCUGCUGGAGAAAGAAGCCCUGGGACCCAUGCUGCUAGAGGCCUUGGAUGGCUUUUUCUUCGUGGUGAACCGCGAGGGACGCAUCGUGUUUGUCUCAGAGAAUGUGGUGAGCUAUCUGGGUUACCCUCAGGAAGAGCUGAUGAUGACCAGCAUCUACAGCAUCCUGCACGUGGGAGACCACAACGAGUUUGUCCGCAAUCUGCUGCCCAAAAGUCUGGUGAAUGGCGUGCCAUGGCCUCAGGAGCCAGGCCGCAGGAGCAGCCAUACCUUCAACUGCCGCAUGCUGAAGAGGCCGCCUGACGAGAUGGACUCCGAGAACCAGGAGGCCCGGCAGCAAUAUGAAAUCAUGCAGUGCUUUAGCGUGUCGCAGCGCCGCGCCGCCGUGCAGGAGGAGGGAGAUGACCUGCAGAGCUGCCUGAUCUGCAUCGCCUGCCGAAUGCCUCGUCCUCCGCCCGUCAGCACAGAGUCUUUUAUUACUAAGCAGGACCCCACAGGGAAGAUUGUCUCAAUUGAAACCAGUGCUUUGCGGGCGACUGGCCGGCCCGGCUGGGAGGACCUGGUCAGGAAGUGCAUCUAUGCCUUCUUCCAGCCGCAGGGCAAAGAACCCUCCCAUGCCAAAAAGCUGCUGCAUGAGGUGAUGACACACGGCACUGCCAUCAGCCCGUUGUAUCGCUUCACCUUGAGCGACGGCACACCGCUAAGCGCUCAGACCCGCUGCAAGUUCUGCUGCCCCCCCAACCCAGACGUUCAGCCCUUCAUCAUGGGCAUUCACACUAUUAACAGGGAACACAACACUGGUAGCUCUCAGGAAAACACUAACCCCAGCCUUCAGCCAACCCUGGGCAACCUCGCCCAGGCGCCCUCGCGCUCGCCGGUCCUCGCUGCUGGCAGCAACUCAAAACAAACCUCAGGCCCCGCCGCUGCCUCAGCCUCCGCCGCCCCUUCCGCCUCGACGGGGCUUCACCCCGGCAACAGUAACGUGUCUCCCCAACGACUGAAUCCGGCCGCCGGCUACCCGCCCUCCAGCCGGACGCGUCCCCAGCAGGGCAGUAGCCCGUCUCCUCUCAGCAGCCCCACCACAGCCGCCCCUACCUCGUUUAUGUCGUCCGCCGUGUCGCGGGCCAGUCCCGGCUUGGCUGGGAGCCCGCGGGUGCCGGGCCUCCACUCGCCAGCCGGCGCACUGAACAGACAACUUAGUGGCGGAGACGCUAGUAACGGCGCACAGGCCGGGUCGAAAGGAUGUUUCUCCAGACAAGCCAGCUUCUCGUCCUCCCGGCUUGGAGCGGACGGAGGGGUAGAAGACUCUGUCAAAGCCCCCCUGGCACCUGCCGCACCGCCUGCUCAUCUCAGACUUAAUCAGCCGCUGGACAGCAAUGGGAAAGGAAGUGACGCUAGUGACAUCCACUGCACCUCGUUGCCUCAUCCCAAACCCUUUCCUCAGUGUCCUGCUUCCCACAGCACACUGACGGAACGACACAAAAUCUUACACAGACUGCUCCAGGACAGCAACGAUUCCACCUCCACCUGCUCCACCUCGACUACCGCAGCCACCCCUGAGGACGGCGUGAACAAAAGUGAGGUGGAGAUCAAGAAAGAGCCGCCGUCCAGUCCCUUAGUGAGCACUGCGCUCCAGCGCUCGACUUCCAGAGAACCGCAGGACCACCAGCUGCUUCGCUUUUUGCUUGACACGGACGAGAAGGACUUGGGAGACCUGCCACCUCCCUCGGCGCUCAGCCUACAGACAGUUCGGGUGAAGGUGGAGAAGCGAAACACCGGGGACGCGUGCGUGGCAACAGUGGGUACGAGCCCCGUCGCCAAAGCCCCGGCUUGCGCCAGCCCCAAAUCCAGUCCCGUGGGGGAGAGACGGCGAGACAGCCGCCGCGAUAGCCGCGACUCCACUAUGUCAGGUGGAGGCACGGACACAGAGACCACAACCCAGCUGCUACCCGCCCUCAGAGGCCCGAACGUGGCCAAGCAGGGCACAGAUGACGUCGGAGUCCACCAACUCCCCUCUCCGGCCCCCCAGGCUCCAGCCCAACUCCAGUCCCCGGGCCCUCCGAUGCAGUCUCCGCUGUCCCAGCCCCGCUUGCAGUCCCCAUCGCCCCAGCUCCAAUCACCCUCCCCCCAGCUCAAGCUGCAGUCACCCACCCAGGCACAGCCAGGUGGCAUCAGUGUGAAGAGGGAGCCGCCUGGUACUCCGAAUAGAGGCAACAAUGAUGGUGGCCCCACUUCAGGCUGCAAUCUCCAAAGUCAGUCAGCGUUUGAUUUCUGCAGUCCUCCGACACCAAGCCAAGGAAAAGGACAGGGAGACCUCUUCCAGGGCACCAAAAACAGCAGCAGUCCCUUUCCUGAGGCAGAAAUCGUCAACCUGUUCAGUUCAACCACUGGCCCGACCAAGUUGGAUUUGGCGGAGUCACAGUUCCAGCCACUGACUCUGUCUGACUCGUUGUCCUUUGAUGCCCUCGGAACGCCAUUGCAGACACCUCUUACUUCGCCCCAGGAGCAGUGUGUGCCCUGUACGCUGGAUGAAGUCCUAGGACCACCGAACACACCCGAGGCCCGGAAUGAUGAGAAAGCUCUGCUGGAACAGCUGGUCUCCUUCCUUAGCGGCACUGAUGAAAGCGAACUAGCGGAGCUAGACAAAGCCCUUGGUAUUGACAAGCUUGUGCAGGGCGGCUGCUUCGACCCGCUGGCCCAAAACUUUCCGCUUCAGCAAGUCACCGCUCCCCCACUUACAUUGGACAGUAAACCACCCUCCUACCCUUCCCAAUUCACGCCACCUAUUCAGUUUUCCCCGGAGCUGGCGGCAGUAGGGCAGCAGGCGCUAGCCUUCGCUCCCGCUCGGGCGACUUUGCUCAGCGCGGCGACCACCACCGUUGUGGGAGUCCGGCCGGGGAUGGUCCGGCCGCCGCAGGGGAUGAGCCCUCAGCUCAGGCUGCCGCCCAACCAGCUGCGGCUACAACUGCAGCAAAGACUUCAAGGUCCUCAGCAGCUCCAGAACCGACUGGCGAUGAAUACGUUCCCCGCAAGUGGAGGAGGUCCACAUAUGGCUGUUCGUCUGGGGGCGCCGCAACCUCAAAUUCCUUCACAACCUCCACUAAACGCUCAGAUGCUGGCUCAGCGUCAGAGGGAGCUGUACAGCAUCCAGCACCGCCAGCGUCAGCUUUUCCAGCAGAAGGUCAUGCUGAUGAGACAGAACAUGGCCACCGCCGCACCCGCCGGGGGCGCCGCACCCGUCGCCGCCGCCAGGGUCCCGAAAAUUGCCAACAACAACGCGCCUGCGCCUCAGCAGCAGCCGGCGCAGUUCAACUUCCCCGCCGGUUACAGCCUGGUAUCGGGGAACCCUCCUACCUCACCCGGUCACUUCAGUGGCCCCAUGCCAGGAGGGGCGCCCGUUCCGGGGAGCCCCGUUGACGGCAAGUUAAAUAGCCAGACAACGUUGCUGGGCGGCGUGCAGGCUCCUCCCUUUGGUGGAGGAUCGUCAUUGCAGCAGCCAGGGCUGAUGCAGCAGUUUGGGGGAGCUGCCAUGGUGCAGCCGGACCCGCCUUUCCCUCCUGAGAUGAGCCCUUCUAGUCCGCUGUUAUCACCUCAGAACUCCACUUCCCAGAGUCCGCUGAUGCAGCAAGCCCCGCCUUCUGGCUAUCAAUCCCCAGACAUGAAGAACUGGCAGCAGACCAGCAACAGCCUUUUCAGUCCAUCGCCGCAGCACAGCGGGGGUCAGACGUUUAGCCAGCAGGGAAUGUACAACAACAUGAGCAUCACAGUGUCCAUGGCGGGGAGCUCUGGCAGCGUGGGGUCCUUACCAUCCUUGGGGCAGCCGGUCAGCAGCUUGAACAGCAGCGGCAGCGUGAGCUCACUGUGUAAUGACCAGCAGGUGCAGCAGGUUCAAGUUUUCGCUGACGUCCAGUGCACCGUCAACCUGGUGGGCGGCGAUUCCUACCUGAAUCAGGCAUCCAUCGCGGGCGGCGCCGCCCAAAAGAGUCCUGGACCCCCGCCGGCCUCCCAGACCAGCCAGGCCCAACAGAAGAGCCUCCUCCAGCAGCUGCUCACCGAGUGA